AUGACCAACACGGGCAAGUGGCCCUGCGCGCCGUCGACGCAGCUGGCCGUCAUUGGCACCAGCUUCGAGUCGGCGUCGGUCCAAGCCGACUUGCAGUCGUUGAUCGCGAAGGACGCGCUCGAGUCGCACCAAGCGGCGUGCGUUGCGCAACUCCGCGCCGACGACCGCUUCGAGCUCGUAAGCGACGGGCCCAGCGAGGUGCGCUUCCGCCUUGUGUGCCCCGUCAACUCGCUCAACGAGACCAUGAUCAAGCACCACCACCACAUUGACAUGAAGGCGCUCAAUCUCCAAUUGGCAACCGAAGUGAACGCGAGCGGCGAUGGGGCCCUAUUGCUCGCGCUGCCAGGAGGCGACGAAAGCAUUGUUUUGGUCGCGUCGGCCGCGGGGUCCCGUACCCUCCUGAGCAUGUGGCCGACUAUCGAUGCGCGCGCCAAAAUCAUCUUGUACGACGUGCGCAAGAAGCUCUCCGAGUGCAUGUGUGGCUUCUGACCUUCUUCAUUCCAAGAUAAAACCAACAGGAAACCACACUCGACCGCACUGGAAAUUUUGAUAGAAC